AUGAAAAAUAAGAAUAAGUAUGAUUACUUGCUAAAACUGCUAUUAGUGGGUGAUUCCAGUGUAGGAAAAAGCAGUAUACUAUGCAGGUACUCGGAUAAUCAGUUUGAAGAAAAAGUCCUUUCUACCAUAGGAAUUGACUUUAAAGUGAAAUACUUAAAAAUUGAUAAUAAAACGAUCAAAGUUGGAAUUUGGGAUACAGCAGGGCAAGAAAGGUUUCGGACAUUAACAUCGGCGUACUAUAGAAAUGCUCAUGCUAUAAUUCUCGUAUACGAUUGCACCGUUAGGGAGUCCUUUGAAAACUUAGAUGUAUGGAUACAUGAAAUAGACAAGUAUUCUACAAAUAAAAAUGCUAUUAAAAUGUUAGUGGCAAAUAAAAUUGACAAGUCCAAUCAUGAAGUAACAAAAGACGAAGGGAAAAAUUUCGCUUUUGAAAAUAAUAUGCUUUUUUGUGAAACAAGUGCAAAGAAUGACAUAAAUAUAACAUACUGUUUUGAAGAAUUAAUACAACAAAUUCUAAAUAACCCGUCCUUGCUUGAGUUGAGUGUUGUUACGAAAAAUUUGAAGUUAGGCAAAAAGGAAGAAAAUAGAACGAAUUGUGUUUGUUAA